UGUAUAGAUAAAAUGUUUUCGGCAAUAAGAUGGUUAGUGUGUAAGAAUUAAGAGAGCAGUUCUGCCUGCUCUCCCCUCUACUAUUUCCUGUACCGAGACUGGCUAUCUGACAAGUGGUCGGCAGAACCACCUGCUGCACCCAUCUGCUCUCUAUCCCCCAGGACAGGAGGACGGGGAGAAAUAGAAAAUCAGCCUUACCCUACUUCUGCCACCCAAUUCAUAUUCAGGAUGCCCCUCCCCAUAUAACCUACUAUGUCGCCUGUGGACAUCCUCUCUGCAGCAUAAUGUCUUGUGCAGCCUACUUAGAUGGCAACGCAACGCCAAAGUCCAUGAGCAGAGCCAAACAAUGGACUGACGAGGUGGAGAACUUAUACAGAUUCCAACAGGCAGGCUACAGAGAUGAACUGGAAUACAAACAAGUAAAGCAAGUUGACUUGAUCGACAGGUGGCCUGAGACUGGGUUUGUGAAGAAGCUUCAGCGUCGAGACAACACAUUCUAUUACUACAACAGAAAAAGAGAAUGUGAAGACCGGGAAGUCCAUAAAGUGAAGGUCUAUGCAUAUUAAGUCAGGAGUGUCCAGCAAUCUCUUUUCCAUUUUGAAUAUCUUUUGAUGUUUUUUGAAGAAGACGUCUGUAGGAAGGAAGGCAGCAUCAUCCCAGCUGUGGAAUGUAGACCAGUUCACUGAAUAAAGGGUGUGAGGCUGAA